GGAAAGAAUACCAUAAAAGUCUUUCAGAAUGCCAAUAAAGGUUAAUAACCUUCAUUACUGAACCGUCCAUACAUAGUAUUAGAUUGCCUCACAUUCCUCGAUUCAAACUCCUUUUCUCUGAGGGGUAUCGAAAUGGCAUUGACUAUGGACUUACAUAAGCCGCUCUUACCCCAGCAACCAAUCCGCUAUUCCGCAUCAGGAAAGGCAUCAAUAGUCCGGUAAGCAUCAGUGGCCUCCGCGGAAUCUCGCCGUAGCUUCUGUACUUGUUAAUCUCGACCACAUUCUUCAACAUACGCGGGCGCUAGGCUCCUUGAGCCUCUGGAACCAGUUCUAUCGGACAGACUCGACUCUCACGACAUUCCGCCAUCAUGCUAUCCCCAUCCUCGCCUGUCGUCGCGGCCGGCAACACAACCCCUGGAAGAUGGACCUCGAGACCGGCGACCAGAACACGCACUGGCACACAAAGAAAGGUGUACGGAAAGCGGAAAGCGGAUGCCCCUAGAGCAGUCUUUGAGCAGCGAAGUCCGGCUAAGGCUCUGGAAAAGGAAGAGAAAAAGAUGGACCAAGAGGCUGUGGAUGGCCUAAGGGAGAAGUUGGCUGAGGUUACGAUAGAGGAGAAACAUGUUGCUCAGGAGCCAGAAGACCACGAAUGCCAAGAGAUAAGGAAGGAAGCGAAAGAGAUAAUUGAAGAGGAGGCUAUCAAAAUAGACGAAUCUGAGCAUGAAGAACCUGCGCCAGAAGCGAUACAUACCCCGGACAUCGAACCGCAAGACGAGCAGACCCCGGCCGAGGAAUUAUCUUCAGAGACUAUCCACGAUGAAGAGGCAAAAUACGAGACAAUGGUCGAGGUGAGAAUCAGCCAAAAGGUAUCUGUCGACAGACCCCGGAGACGAAAACAAGCUCCCGAAGUCACCACAGAAGACGGUCGACGGUCAGCAAGGAAGGACAAGCCAGCACCCCGACUAUCGUCCGGAUGCAUAACGGAUGAGAAAACAAAUUCCUACGUUCGGUCAAUUCUUAAUGAAGCACUGUCGCCGGUUGCUGCGCAGAGCGUCCAGAAGUUCGGGUCAUGGGCCGCCCGUGCGGGUAACUUGCUAGAGGUGGUGAAGAUCGCAGAGGGUUCCUACGGAGAGGUCUAUAAACUACGUCUACGCGAAGAGUUGUGCAAGAAGGAGAUGUCUAAAUCCAAGCUCGCGCGCUUAAAGGCCUACGGUGACGGCGUGUUCAAGGUCGUCCCUCUGCGCGCCCAGAGCGGCCCGGGUUCGAAGAAGUUUACGAGCAUCGAGGAAAUCGUGUCGGAGGUGAAGAUGCUCAAGUACCUGGAUCCAAUUCCCGGGUUUGCUCGCUUUCGGGAAAUCCACGUUGUCCAGGGACGGUUCCCCGAAUCUUUUCAGAAGGCAUGGGACCACUACAAGAAGACCAAGGACGACUGCCUGAACCCGAACCCGUCCAGCAAACGAGCGUACCCUGACACGCAACUCUGGGCUAUCAUUGAAAUGGACGAUGCUGGCUGCGAGCUGGAGAAGUUCUCCUGGUCAUCAAUAUUCCAGAUUUAUGACAUCUUCUGGGGAGUCGCGAUGGCGCUUGCUCGUGCCGAAGAGUAUGCAUUGUUCGAGCACCGAGAUCUUCAUCUCGGCAAUGUUUGUAUACGAAGCACCCGUCCCGAAGGCCACAUGGAUCCGCCCACCGACCACGAAAUCAUAAGCCAGUCAUUCACCAGCGGUUUCGGACUCAGCACGUUGGAAACCACCAUCAUCGACUACUCUCUUUCCCGCGCAGAGCUACGUAUUAGCGAGGAAACCGAGCUUGUCGAAGUCGCCUCCUCAGACCUCGACAAGAAACAAAUCUUCGAUGCCAUCGGUCGAGAUGAGGACGAGAUCAUGCUACGAAACACCUAUAGGCACAUGCGCGCCCAACUCUACCACGGCGAUCCUCUCCAGACCGAAAAAUCCCCCGACAUCCCGGGCGUCUGGGCCGAAUACGCCCCACGAACCAACCUCGUCUGGCUUAUCUUCCUUUUGAAAUCCCUCUUGAAGAACAGGAAGAGUGAGCCAUCAACGUCAAUGUCAACACCCACAGCGAGCCCCAGGCAACCUCUUGCGCCGUGCUCACCCAAUAAGGCCGUCGCGAAGCAAACAGGAAAGAAGCAAGAAUAUACGAAGCCGAGAGUUACAGCUGCAACUCAGGAAUAUAUUUCUCAGUUGAAGAAGACUUUGGAAGAUAGAUUGGAUGCUGUUUUGGAGCUGCUGGAUCUAGAGAAUGGGCAUGAGGAUAUGUGCUGUGCGGCGGAUUUGGUAGCAUAUGCGAUUGAUACGCAGUGGUUGGGAGAGGAAGAUUUCUUUUAAUGGUGUUGAUACUGGUAUUGGUUUAUGGUGUGCUGCAUUGCGAGGUGUUGGGGAUUGUUUUUUGCAUUGGCUUAGUUCAACAUGACCAGGGUGUUUUGGAGGGUGCUUAUAUAUUUAUACCUAAUUGCAGCUUUUACUGACUACUACUUAGUGCUACACCUG